CGGCAGUACAGAAGAAAAAUAAGACAGGCUGUGUUGUUUACUGACGUCACUUCCGGUCUGCCAAAGCGUGGUGUGUGCUAAAAAAGGAACAUGGCAGCGGACGGCAAAACGGAGGACUACCCUCACGAGAUAGACGAUCAGCUCACAGGAUUUGACUCCUCAGUUACUGCUAUCAAAACCAUGUUGGACAAGUUGCCCAAGAACGACCUGAUGCAUAAGCUGGACCCUUUGGACCAAGCCAAGCUGGAUCUGAUGUCUGCCUACACCCUUAAUUCAUUAUUCUGGAUGUACUUGGUUACACAAGGAAUUAAUCCAAGAGAGCAUGGAAUCAAACAGGAGUUGGAGCGAAUAAGGACAUACAUGAACAAAGUGAAAGAGAUCACAGACAGGAAGAAAGCUGCCCGUCUGGAUAAGGGAGCUGCGGCACGCUUCGUCAGGAGUGCCCUCUACGAGCCAGACGAAAAAGACUCUAGAAAAAAAUCAGCAUCCAAGAAAGCAGCAGACGCAAAACCUGACACCCCGCAGUUUAAGCGUCCAAAGCAGAGCAGAAGUUAAGAAGGAGCUUUACAGUGUGGUCUCACUGCACUUUGAACCACUUUAGGACACGAACAUUUCUGUCUCACAAAGAAACAAAGCAUCUUCUAUGGUUGUGUUACAGGGUGCAAGACCUGUCAGAUUUCACCAGUCAGCAAAUUAUACUGGAUGUAUCAAAAACACAAGACUUUCUGCCAUCUGUGAAUCACCUUUCAGAUUUUGCUGAACAUAUGUCUGCUUCAAUAUUCAAUAGAUUCAAGGCUAUAAUAUUUUUACAAUGCAAUUUCAUCAUUCAGUUAUUGCCUAAAUCUUAUUCAGGAUUCCAAAACCAUGAAAACAUACAAUUUCCUUUAGAAAGUGAGUAAAACUAAAUACUGACAUAUUUUAAAACGUGUGUGUGUACCAUGUUUUGGAAUAUCUCAUUUAAGAUUGUUCCAUUCCUUCUGUUCGAGGAAUAAGACUUUUCGAUUUUUCUCUUUCUUUUUUAAAGUGAUUCAAUGAAUCAUAAUUUGUUUUUUAAGAGAUGUUUUUUUUACCAGUGCCAUGUGUAAAACAUGUAUUCAUACAACGUUGUUGGUAAUGUAAUACUAUCUUACUGCAUAAAACCACAUCACUCACCAAAA